AUCUAGUAGAAUUUUGAUAAAAGCCUGACAUCUGUGACACAUUUGUUUGUUUUUGUUAAGUUAUGUGGUUAUUUUUAAAAGACAGCUUAAUUCUUUAGAAAAAUACUGAUCGUGCAAAAUUUUAAUAUUGAACUGGCUACAAUAUUUUAAAAUAUAUUAGUCUGCAGGUACCCUACAGCUGAUUUGAAUAUUAUCAUAUUGUUAUUGAUAAAUAGUGAUUGUUGAUUAACUAUCACUAUCAUAGGCAGAAACUAUUUGUAUUGUAACUGGUUUUAUGGGGGGAAACACCACGUCCAGUACCAAUAUGAGUUCUUCAAAAAUGGAUACUACAACAAAUCAACAUUGUACUGUAGAACAAUUAAAUGAUUUAUUUGGGAGUACAUUAGACUUUCAGAUUAUAAAAAGUGUUGCUGAAUCAUGUCAAUAUGAUCUCGUACAAUCUUCAAUAAAGCUUAUAGAAAUGCAUACGCCCAACGAUAAACCUCAGGGAAAAGAAGAAAAGGUAGAAAAAUCGGAAGCCGCACUGCCGAAAAGUACCAGCUACAGUUCUGCAGUGUUGACUGAAUCUAGAAGUACUAGUUAUAGCAACGGUCUUGCUACUGCUGCUAGCGGAUAUUCAACACCUCUUAGUUCUUCUUCAAGCUGCACCUCUCUUGCUACAAAGAAAUCACGAAAAGUUUUAGAUUUUGAACGAGCUAUUAACAAUAUCAAUAAAGGAUAUAAAGUUUUAGUCAUUUUAAGAGGUACACCAGGAUCAGGGAAAUCGUUCUUAGGCAAGAAAAUUCUUGAACAUACUGUAGGUUUUGAUAGGAACUACCAGUUUCAUAUUAUGAGCUCCGACGACUAUUUCUGUCAGAAUCCCAGAGGUAAUUAUGAAUAUGAUGUGCACAAAAUUGAACAGGCUCAUAACUGGAAUCAGCAAAGAACGUUUGAGAAAGUAAGUAGAGGUUUCAGUCCCAUUAUCAUUGAUAACACUAAUACUCAGAUGUGGGAAAUGAAACCUUAUGCUACCAUGGCGACGGACUUUGGCUAUCUUAUAGAGAUAUUAGAACCAGAUACCCAUUGGUGCUUUAACGACAAAGAGCUGUCGAAACGGAACAUCCACGGAGUACCCAGGCAAAAAAUUAAAGAUAUGAUAGAACGAUACGAAAAAAAUAUAACUGCUGAAAAGCUUAUAAGUGCAUAUAACCUAGUUUAUAGUUUCCAAAAACCGCCUCAAUUAAGAUUAUAUCCUCCUCUAUCCGUUGUGGCGGCAAAACCGGUUGAAAAUUGGACCAAAACAGAACAGUUACCAAACGGUGGUGAACACAUUGAAACCAUAAACCUCAUGAAUUUUGAUGACGAAGAAGAGGAAAACAAAAAAGAGUUUUACGCCGAUUUUAAUGGUGCAGCAUCGAGCUGUGCCUGGUCUACAAACUGCAAUUCUAAUGAAAAAGAUAUAUUUGUUAUAAGCAGCGAUGAAGAAGAAACUGAGCCGUCCAAAAAUGACAAUGAUCUCUACACGCAAUGGGGAGUCAGCGAACAUUCUUUAAAAUCUUGGGACAUUGUUACUCCUGUUAGAGAUAUAUUUAACUCUAAAACGUAUCCCCUCGCAAGCUCCGCAGAAACUAAGAUAGAAACUUGUGAUAACUGCACUUCCAUUGAAGAAGAUUAUUUCCGCCUGGUAAGAAACGAUGCUAUCCUCCCGGGCACUUAUGGAGAUACCUUCAAAAUCGUUGAAACCAUCAACAGAGACAUUAACCGUUCAACUCCUCUCAGAGAGCCACAGAUUUCCCAAAAAUUAACUCUGGAUAAAGGUUGUAUGACUGCAGAUUUUUAUGAAGAUUACGAAAACCAUAUGAUAGAGCUUGAAAGCUUGUUUCCUGGUAUACCUAAAAGUCACUUGAAUUAUUGGUAUAACAAAUGUAAAGGAGAUAUAGAUUGGACUAUUGAGUUCUUAUUGGAAAAUAAGGAACAAGCUAACCUUAUAGAAGAUGAGGAAGUUAGAAAUGAACCUGAAACUAAAGCUACUGAGAUUAGUAUGACUGUAUCGGUACAGGAUAAUUCUGUAAAAAGAAAAACAAGGAAGUCUGGAAAUGAAACAUCCGAAGAAGAUAAAAAGAAGAUUAAAAAAAUGUUAGAGAGCAAAAUUGAUAUAGGGAGUGAGCACUACUCCAAACAUUUGCGUAAAGUGAAGCAGUACAAAACCAAAAAUAACUUCAUGGACGAUAUGAGCCCAUCUACGAGUGAGAUCCAAAACACCAAACGAGAAAAAUCACGCAGUAGCAGCUCAAACGAAACUGUUACUAUCGAUUCCGAUGAAGAUAUUGAUAUAGUUGGUGUGGAAAGCUCUUGUGAUAAAUUAGCGAUAGACGAGAUGAUCGAAAUAAAUUUAGGUGAUGCUUUAGUUUCCCAAUUGGAACAAAAAUUCGCGGAUCCAAACAUUCAUUGCCCGAAAGGAUUCCUACCAGUGGUCCAAAUGCCCGUUAAUUUAGCAAGGCAGCUAUAUACUUUUUACAUAGAAAGUGUCUAUCAACAAAUGGAAAUUCAAGAGCAUCUUAUGGAUACCUUGGUAAAGGAAGACGAAGAUUUUGCUCGAAAAUUGCAAGCUCAAGAACAGGAAGUACUAGAUGGUACCAAGCCAACGCCGGCGCCGAAUUUGAAAGAAAUCAUGACGGAUCAAAGAAACGCACAAAGAGUCUAUCAAACUGAAAUAGAUCAAUGGAAGAACUUCAGUCCAGACACGCUGGCUGAAAAACUGACCAAACAAAAAUUGGCAAGCAUUUUUCCUACAAUUCCUCAAGAUACUCUCUUGGAAGUAUUGCAUGCCCACGACAAUAAGUAUACUGACACUGUAGAAACACUCAUGGCUUCCACAGGGUUCACUGCAGAUAGGAUUAAUGCAAGUAUCAAGGAACCUCCUAUCAAUGAUGAUGUUUUAGAAGAAAUGAAGGAAGCUCAAAGAAAGCAUUCUGUAGAGGUGUAUCAAGAUUCUGACGAACGGAUAGAAGCAGAAAGUUACCGACAAGAAGCCGCUAGAUAUCUUAAUAAAAGAAACGACCUUUACCAAAAAGCAAGCCAAUAUCAUGCAAGAGGUAUGCGAGAGGUUGCACAAUUUUAUUCCGGUCUUGCAUCUCUCCAAACCAUAUACUAUGACAGAGCAAAUAAUAUGGCGGCCACGGCCUUUUUAGACGAGCACGCGAAAACGUUGCAAGAUUUUUGCACGCUUGACUUGCACUAUCUGUUUGUUAAAGAGGCUAUUCCUGCCUUGGACGUGUUCCUAGAUAGAAAUAUUAAUUUGCUCAGACAUAGCAAGACCAAAAAAACGGAAUAUUUGCAAAUUAUUACUGGUAGAGGCAAUAGAAGUAGAAAGCACGUGUCCAAAAUUAAACCUGCGGUGGCGGCGAGGCUUGAGAGCAGAAAUAUUCAAUACGAGGCGUUGAAUCCUGGCAUGCUCAGAAUCAAAGUUAAACAUACCUCAGCAGUAACAAGUGAACUCUAGAUUCCUUGUGUCGGUGCCUUCUGCGACACACUUCCUUGUUAGAAAAUAAGUACGAAUUGAUUGCCAUUAUAAUUAAAUGACAAGUACAAAAUUU